UGUAACUUUUACAUACUGUACGUAUUUAUGGUACUUCAACUACCGCGAUCAAAUCAGAUAUUUUACAAGCAUUCUCGUUGUACAAAUUCCUAGAAUUUCGAUGUAAAAUCCAUAAGUCUCAACUGAAUAUUCACGGAGAAAGGGCUGGUUUGUGCAGGAUACUAGCACCACAAUGGGUAAAUUGAAGACACUUGGUGUGAUUCUAUCGGUAGCAUUGGCAGUGUUGGCCUACUGCCUCUACACACCAAUGCCACCGGAAGCGGAAGAGCCUUUCCAACAGAUGAAAUUCUUGGCCAGGUUCAAAUCCAUUAUGGGAUUUGUAUCUCUUUUGGACAUGGUUGGUCUUGAUGGUAUGGACACUUUCAGAAAGUUACGCUCCACCAAACCAGUCGUAGAUCCUAUCGACACCGUCACAUCUGUAGAUGAGACAUUUGACGGUGUCGACGUUCGGGUAUAUCGCCCCAAGGACCAGGGGAAGGACGAGAUCCUCCCAGCCCUUGUGUUCUUCCACGGCGGGGGAUGGGUGUUUGGCUCGAGAGAUUCCCACGAUGUGUUGAUGAGAAGAUUUGUCAGAAAAAAGCGGAUGGUAGUUGUAUCUGUUGAGUACAGAUUAGCUCCUGAAUUUCGCUUCCCCGUCCCAGCAGAAGAUUGCAUUACCGCUACAAGGUACUUCCUUCGUCAUUCCAAGAAAUAUCGAGCCGAUCCUAAGAGAAUUGGUGUCAUGGGUGACAGUGCUGGAGGAAACUUGGCAGCAGCCGUGUCACAGGCGCUGACAGGUCCGGAUUUUACCGACCUCCCAAAACUCAAGGUACAAGUCCUGAUUUACCCGGCACUGCAAGCGUUCCAGUUCCGGUCGCCGGCCUAUGUUAAAUACGCGGGGUCAUCAGUUCCCGGGCUACUGAACGCGGAACGCAUGUCGGAAUUCUGGCUGCGGUAUGCCUAUGGACACGACUAUCUAAAAGUGAACCACUUGGAUUUACUGGCCGGAAAACAUCUCACCGAGGAAUGGCUGAAUUCGAAGGAGGCUAGCUAUGUUGAUGUAAAGCAUUUACCCCAAAAGUUAAGAGAAGUGUACGCGACCAGCGCAAAUUCUGUACCAAAUGUUACGCUCUCAACUUUCGUAAAACCAGUGUUUUUAAACCCAUUGUUUUCUCCAUUAUUGGCUGAUGAUGAGAAAAUUAGAGAGUCUCCUAGCACGUAUAUGUUGACAGCGGAGUUUGACCCUCUGCGUGAUGACGGGUUUUACAUGACUAAGAGAUUGCGGGAAAUGAAUGUGGCGGUAGAGCACAGGCAUUUCACGGGAAUGGACCAUGGGUUUUUGUCUGUAUUCAGCUAUCAAAAUAGUGUCAAAGCCGUUACUGAAAUUUGCAACUAUUUAGAUAAAUCAUUAUAACAUUGAGAUUGUUAUAUAUAAUUGCAGUUGUUUAAAAAAAUAAUAGUAGUUAAUAAAUAAAUAUAUCUAUG